AUGCUAGAAAACAUUCAAAGAAGCACUGAGCAGUCCUAUGAACCCGAUUUCAACCUAACUGAUGAAGAAACUCUCAUCAGAAUGGAGGCGGAAGUUCCUAACGUCCCUGUCAAGUUCUGGAGAUCCGUGGAAAAAAAAUUGCACACUAUGCAAAAAGGUGGCAACUGCGCACAAAUGCCCAACAUUUUCGAAUUGGCGUUCGAAAACUUGGUCUGGCAACAGGUGAAGACCAGCAAUGGAACAUUCUCUUUAUAUUCCGCAUACUUUGACAUACGUCCACUUUCACCUGCUCCAACGAUUCGGAUCCUGUCAAUCAUCGAUCGGGUUGUGCCAACUGUACCCGCUUUCUGCCAAAUCUGGUUCGAAAACAGCACACAACCCGUGAUAGCUAAUGUAUCCCAGUACAGAUUCCUUUGGAACAAGGCUUGGGGAACUGGGAACAAGAUCCAUCCCUUUUCCAUCGAAUGCGAAGUGCCUUCAGUGAAUAAUCAGACAGUGGUUCCAGUCGCCGUUUCCGUGGUGGAAAAUUCCUGCGACAAGGCAUCGAACCUGGUGAAAGUGACCCACAGAACCCUGGAACCCGGGAAGAAUAAAUCGAUUGCUGUUUGCAUCAAACGCUUGCACUUUGUGCAUGAAGAACCUGUCUUGAAACUGAUUGAAUAUCUGGAACUGGUUCGACUUUUGGGUGCGGAAAAGGUCUAUAUUUACGCCUUGGAGCCGCAGCCGAAUCCAAAAGUUGAGAGAUUCAUCAGGUACUUCGUUUUUCCCAUUUACAAAGAAAAAAAUUAG